AUUUUUAAGUCCAGUGGUAUUAAUACAAAUGGACAGCUCAAGGAACAAUAUCUUAGUCAACACAUUGCUCUGUCUCCUGCACACGGAAGGCCUUAAACCUUUGAUGGUUAUUCUUUGAGAUGUUUCAUCAGUGACGCCACAGUGAUUGCCACCUCCCUUGGACUACUUUAGACACUGCCCAGAGGCCAGGAGUCCAGACAGCCUAUGAGACAGCAGGAGUUGGAGCCUCAGUUGGAGAAAGCAAGGAGAAGCCUAUUGCAGUCAAGGUCUGUCCUUGACCUUCAGGAGGUGAGGAUAACCUGGAAGUCUUUGGUGUGCCCUCAGAAGUCUGCCUGAAGUUCUCACCCAGCCACUCUGAUGAUGGAGAGAUCUACCCGGGAGCUGUUUCUCAACUUCACUGUUGUCCUGAUUACAGUGCUCCUCAUCUGGCUCCUUGUGAGGUCCUAUCAGUACUAGAGGCCAUGGCACACUCCUGGGAUUGACUAAGAUGCUCUGGAGCUGUGCCCUGAGACCUCACUGCUGUCACUGUCAUGGGAUGCUAUUCUCGGCAUGCCCAGGCCCCUCUGACCUGCACUCUGAUGUGCCCCAGCACUAGGAUUGAUUGUGUGUUCUCUAAAGAUGCUGCUCUCACUGGUUGCCAAGUGUUUACCAGUAAGCUUUAGAUUUGUUCCCCAGCUCUUACUGCAAAUGUGUUAGACAAGCCACAAGGUUAAAACUGGAUUUAUGAAGAUG